AUGGCCCCCCUCCUGCUACCCCAUCUCCCACCAUUACUCCCUACAGCCCCCUCCUGCUACCCCAUCUCCCACCAUCUCACCCUACAGCCACCUCCUGCUACCUCAUCUCCCACCAUCACUCCCUACAGCCCCUCCUGCUAUCUCAUCUCCCACCAUUACUCCUUACAGCCCCCUCCUGCUACCCCAUCUCCCACCAUCGCUCCCUACAGCCCCUUCCUGCUACCCCACUUCCCAACAUCACACCCUACAGCCCCCCUCCUGCUACCCCAUCUCCUACCAUCACUCCCUAUAGCCCCCUCCUGCUACCCCAUCACCCAUCAUACCCACAGCCCCCGCCUGCUACCUCAUCUCCCACCAUCACUCCCUACGGCCCCCUCCUGCUAUCUCAUCUCCCACCAUCACACCCAACAGCCCCCUUCUGCUACCCCACUUCACACCAUCAUACCCUAUGUCCCCCCUCCUGCUACCCCAUCUCCCACCAUUACUCCCUACAGCCCCCUCCUGCUACCCCAUCUCCCACCAUCACUCCUUACAGCCCCCUCCUGCUACCCCAUCUCCCAUGACUCCCUACAGCCCCCUCCUGCUACCCCAUCUCCCACCAUCACUCCCUACGGCCCCCUCCUGCUACUCCACCUCCUACCAUCAGUCCCUACUUCCUCCCUCCUGCUACCCCAUCUCCCACCAUCACUCCCUGAGCCCCCUCCUGCUACCCCACUUCCCAACAUCACACCCUACAGCCCCCCUCCUGCUACCCCAUCUCCUACCAUCACUCCCUAUAGCCCCCUCCUGCUACCCCAUCACCCAUCAUACCCACAGCCCCCGCCUGCUACCUCAUCUCCCACCAUCACUCCCUGCACCCCCUCCUGCUACUCCACCUCCGACCAUCACACCCACAGCCCCCUCCUGCUACCCCAUCUCCCACCAUCACUCGCUACUGCCCCCGUCUGCUACCCCAUCUCCCACCAUCACACCCUACAUCCUCCCUCCUGCUACCCCAUCUCCCACCAUCACACCCCACUGCCCCCUCCUGCUACCCCAUCUCCCACCUCUUGUUCCCCUGUCUCACACCAGUUCACCCUCGAUCCCCACUCAUGUUUCAUCUUCCAAAGUCUCCCACUGAACUCCUUUGUGCUUCCCCAUCUUUAAUGGCUCCCCCCUCAAUUGCCCUGUGCCUCCCCACCUGCUCACAUGGCAUUACCUCGACCCCUUCACCUUGUGCUACCCUGUCUUACUCCAUCACACACCCUCAAGACCUCAGUUUUCUAAUUUACCAUCAUCUCUCUCUGACUCCCCUUCAUGUGUCCUCAUUUGCAGCCAACUCUUCCUCUCACUUCCUCACUGUGCUUAGUCAUUCUCUCUUAAUAGUUCAGAAAUGACCACCGCCAUGUUCCCUCAUCUCCCACCAUGCUCCCCUUACAUUCCUCCCAUGUUCUCUCAUCUCCCUCCAUCGCUCCCCUUUCACUCCCCCUGUUCCC